AUGACUUCCCGUGUCACAGUUCAACAGGUUAUGGGCCGCACUUCGGCUUAUAUUAAUCUUACUUCCUCUGAAAAACUCACUCCUCUCAACUAUCAUGUCUGGGCUACCAAAAUUCUUUUGGGUCUUCGUGCUAUGAAUAAUGGUGUCCACCUUUAUGUCGAAGCUGGUACUGUCAAUCCAGCUGCCAAUGAAUCCCUCGAAGACCUCACCGCCUCGCUUGAUACCGUCGUCCAUGAUGUCAUCCUCAACAAUAUUUCUCCUGAGUUGAUCGAACAUGUUAAUGAUGUGGCCAUUAGAGGCCGUGACCUCUGGCUUUACCUUCAUCAGGAGUAUAGUCAACUUCAACCCGCCGAUGUCAUCUCACUUAUGAAAUCCCUCUAUGCUGGCAAUAUUGAUGUUGGUCCAAAGUUUGUUUCUUCUGUUCGCUCUUAUGUUGCUACCUGGCGUUCCAUCUACCAAUCAUUGUCGCCUGAUUCGGUCGUGGCCUUCAACGCUUUGGCUUCAAUGGGUCCCAAUUGUGAGCGCUUCAUCCAGUACGCCUUGGAGCACCGCUUUGAUAGUAACAACAAUACUGACAACCUUGAUAUCAACAACUUCAUCCGGAACACUGAUAAAUGGGCCAAGUUGUUGAAGAUUACUGGACCUCCAGCUACUCUUUCGACUGAAGCGUUCGUUGCUUCAUCAAAGAAGUACAAUAACAAAUCUAAGGGUGAUGGUAUCAAAUGUUUUCGUUGUAAGAGGCGUGGCCAUACUUCCAACAAUUGUCAUGUCUCUUGGGAAGAGGUUCAGGCUGCUCGCCAAGAUAAUAAGGAUGACAAGGAAUCUAAGGAGGCUAAAACCUCAAGAGGUUGGUUUGCUGAGACUAUUGAUGAAUUUUCUGAGAUAGUUGAUGAUGAUCCAUUUGUGAGUUCCGCUUUUGUGUCCGAGACAUCUGUUGUUUCUGAAAAGUUUGGUAACAGUUGCUCCGAGUCGUUUGAUGAUUUGGAAUCCGAACUUUUUGAUUCUUCUGAGCCGUGUGUCGGCGAUGAAGAUUGUUUUGUUGGUCAAGUUUCUGAGUAUUGUUCAAACUCAGGACUUGAUAUUGAUUCAGUUGGUAAACCGUUUGUUGGUUCCACUGAUGAUUCUUGUUUUAAUUCUGAACCGUAUGUCGGUUCUACUGUUGUUUGUUUGGAGUCUGAACCGUGUGUCAGUUCAGCUCCUAUUUGUUUUGAUUCUGAAUCGUUGGUCGAUUCGGAUAUUGUUCCUUUUGAUUCUGAACCGUUGGUCGGUUCUUCUUUUAUUUCUUGUUCUGAUUCUAAACCGUUGGUCGGUUCUGAUGAUGAUAUUGUCUUACCUUGUUUUGAUUUUUUGGUGGAUUCAAUUACUGAACCUUCUCCGCCUAUUGUUAAACCUAUUGUUACACCAAAAUCCCGUUUUUCUCCAUUCUUUUACUUAUCUUUUGUUACCAUCAUGUUGUUUUCCUUGAUUUUAAUUGUCGUCUGGCAUCCUUCUUCAAUCUUGGAUUUAAGUCAUUCAGUCCAUCACGUUUUUGUUGCUGAAUCUACUACUUCUGCUGAGGCCAACUUAGUUGUUGGGUCUGAUUCUUUUGACUUUAUCCAUGAUACUGGUGCUACGAGUCAUAUUUGCAAUAACAUCUCAUAUUUUUCUUCUCUUCGUCCCACUUCGGCUACCAUUCGUGGUCUUGGUUCUGCUACUGCUGAGGGGGUUGGUGACAUUGUCGUUGAUCUUCUUGGUAAAGAUGACCAGCCUUGUGACCGCGUUGUUCUUCGAGAUGUUCUAUAUGUUCCUAAGAUUCCUCGCAAUUUAUUUGCUGCUCUCUUCUCCGCUAUGUCUAAUCACGGAAACACUACAGGAGUCAAUGAAGGACCCUCAUCCUUCGAGUCAGCCAGCACUGGAAGUUCUGUUGCCCACUCAACAUCUGAGACCCAUUCAAAGAACAACGCCAGCUCUUAUGAGACAUUCGCCGAUCUCCUGUUCAUCGUCAAAUUGAUCUCGCUGACCGUUCUGGAUUUACCGUUAGACAAUUAA